CGAGAGAAAGCAGGCAGGUCCCGAGGUCCCGCCCUGCCGUCUCUCACCUCAAAUAACGCCUCCACCCCCACCCCCCGUUAAUGCAAGCAGAAGAAGCCGCCUCUGCCGCCGCCUUUUCUCUUUCUCUCUCGACGCCAAAAAGAGCGCCCAGUUUUUCACCCACCGAGAAAAGGGUCGGGAAGACUCAGCGGGGCGCCUGCUUUCCAUUCCCCCCCUCCCCCAACGCCGCCGCCAGCCGCUUCAGAUCUGGGGCAAGAACAGGUUCAGAGGCGAAGCAGCGCGCUCGCAGCCGAGAGCCCCCUGGAGAGCAGCGCCUGCGCACUACAGACCUCCCGGUAUUUCUCCUCUCGCCCCCCCUCCUCACUCAGCCCGCGCCUCAUUUCCCUGCUUACUCGAAGCCGCCACAAAGCGCGAGGGGAUGUUGCAUGAGGGGCUUAGUGGAGCGUAAGCCGCCAGGGGAAGCCCUGUGCCGGCGUCUGGGCCCCAGGGAGGACGGAGACGGAGAGAGAAAGGGAAGGGGAGAGCACCGCGCGGAGCAGCGCCUUCCUUGCUAGCUUCCCGGAGUCCCCCCGCGAACGGCCGCGGCCACCACCACCACUCCGGGUCGCUCCGCGUCCUGUCUUCCUCCCGCCUCAGGUCCCCUCGCCUUGCAGCGCCUCGCCGCCCGCCUGCCUCCUUGCGCGGGGGUUGCCCCUGGUGGCGCCCACCUGGCUGCCCAGGGCAGGAGGGAGCAAGCAACACGUUGCCGGUGGCGGCCGACGGGCGCGUUUGGACGGCGCGGCCGCUCCCUCCGCCCGCCUUCCCUGCCUCGAAGUUGGAACGGCUCGGGGGAAACAACUUUGAUCGCUAAACUGAGCCGCCGGUUUGGGAAAGGAAAAGGAACGCUCCUGAUCGAGUUCUUCAUUUCUUCGUGGGUUUCUUCGUUCCCUCGCUCGCGUUGGUGUCGGCUUGACCCACGAGGGGGUCUCGACCUGGUUGCGUCGUGGGCUGCCGACCCGUCGGGCGCCUGUAUGCCCGCAGCGCGCCGCUUUCCGGCCGAGCGCUCAAGGGCUGAGCGCCCGGUAGCCUUGGGUGAAGUCGGGGGAUCCCUGGAGCGCCCCUGCCCUGGCUUUUACCACAGGACCGUUGCCCGCAAGCGGGCGCCGGUGGGCUGACCGCGACCCACCUCCGGAGGAUGCGAAGCCGGCAAGCCCAAGGCAGUUGUCUCUUUGCAAAGGCGGGUCGCUGGCCGGGAGAGGCGCCUGAAGGUUGCGUGGCGUUGCGUUGGGUUGGAGCAGCCGAUGCGUUCCCCACUUGCUACAUUCAUUCCUCGGAGCGGGGGGUGAUGCAACUUUCCAAGGUCUGUUCCAAGAGGGUGAAGCAGGAGAGCAAAGCGAAAUCCCACGCUCGGACAAAGGGAUUCCUUUAUUUUCUUUUUUAAUUCUUUUUCUCUGGAAGGAUUGUUUUCUGGCUUCCUCUCCAGAUCGCGGAUGCGGUGGCUGAAGGCAGGAGUCGAACUUAAAACCACUCGAGGAAAUAGACAGUUUUAUUUAUUAAUAACCACACGCCGGAUCACCUCUCACCUUUCUUCAACUUGGAGGCGUUCAGUUUGGUGGUGGCAUGUGUAUGUCAGCUCCCAUCAGCUUGGGUAGCUCAUAAACAAGCUUCUGCAGUGGGCAUCCCAGGUAUUUUCCUAGACAUGCAUCUUGUCUGGGUUCCCUUUGGUUUGGCUUGGCUCCUGGCCACUCUGCCUGCCCUUGCCCAGCCAACAUUGCCCCAGGCGCCGAUGGAAGAAGGCAGCCUUGAUGCUGGCAAAAAGGGCAAGGAGUGUGGAUCAGGGUGCCAAGGGGCUCCUCCAUGGCUUCAGCAAGUGGCAAGCAGACAAGAAGUUGCCUGGCAUACAGAUCGUUUGGGAAGCAACACUCAGACUUUCUCACCGAGAGGGCACUUAAUUAGAUCCAAGGCUACGACCAGAGCUUUUGGAGACUGGGCUGUACUGGAGGAUUACGGCAGGGACUGGACUGGUGUUUCUGUUGCCCACGAUGGAGAAGCAGUGCCCCAGUCUGCUGGGCGUUUGGAAGGAGAUGGUGAGAGCCUUUUACAUGAUCUCCCUUCUGUAGCCUUGAAGGCUGGGAGAUAUUCUGAUCUCAGAGUGGAAGGACAGGAAAGAGGAAACAGGUGGGGCAGAGCAGGGCAUACAAGAAACAAGCGGGGUGCUGGUGAACCCCAGGGUGCAGGAAAAUCCAGAAAAGCCAAGGUUUUCAAGAGCAGCCGCCUUGUAAGAAACUUCAAUAACUCAGCAGACAGCCAAAGAAUUCCUGUUCAUGUGGUAGAGAAGGAUUUGCCCCAGGCAAUGCCCUUGAAUGGCUCCACGGUUCAUGUGGGAGAGAGGGAAGCUGGUGCCCUGAGAAAUGGGACGUUCCGGCCAGCCCGCGUCAAGAACCCUUUUUACCCAUUAACUGAGGAAUCAUAUGGUGCCUAUGCAGUCAUGUGCCUAUCCAUAGUGAUUUUUGGUAUUGGGAUAAUGGGCAACAUGGCAGUGAUGUGUAUCGUGUGCCAUAACUACUAUAUGAGAAGCAUCUCCAACUCCCUGCUGGCCAACCUAGCCUUUUGGGAUUUCCUCAUCAUUUUUUUCUGCUUGCCUCUGGUGAUCUUUCAAGAACUAACCAAGAAGUGGCUGCUAGAUGAUUUUUCCUGCAAAAUUGUACCAUAUAUUGAG